AUGUCGGCCGCCGACCCCUCCGCGGCUCCGGCUGCGGCCGCGGUCGCCGACCCGGAUGGCCCUGACGCCGUGCGGCUUACCUGGAACACCUGGCCACGGUCAAAGGUCGAGGCCAGCCGCUGCGUCGUGCCGCUCGCCGCCACCAUCUCGCCCGCUCGCGUCCCGGACCCCUCGGCGGCAUCCCCGCCGCCGCUCCCUUACCCUCCGCUCCGCUGCAAGCCUCCCUGCUCCGCGCUCCUCAACCCCUUCGCGCGCGUCGACUUCGCCGCCAAGAUCUGGAUCUGCCCGCUCUGCUUCUCCCGGAACCACUUUCCCCCGCACUACGCUGCCAUAUCUGAGUCCAACGUCCCCGCCGAGCUCUUCCCGCAGUGCUCCACCGUCGAGUACAUCGUUGGCGGAGCCGGCGUCCCCGGGGUAGGCGGCGCGCCGGCGCCCCCGCCGCCCGUAUUUCUCUUCGUCAUCGACACCUGCGUCAUCGAGGAGGAGCUGGAGUACGUCAAGAUGGCCAUGCGGAAGGCCGUCGCGCUUCUGCCGGAGCACGCACUCGUGGGCCUCGUUACCUUCGGCACGCAGGUGCAUCUGCACGAGCUCGGAUUCUCCGAUCUCAGCAAGAUCUACGUCUUCCGGGGGACCAAGGAGAUCUCCAAGGACCAGAUUUUGGAUCAGCUUGGGCUGGCGGGUGCUGGGCGCCCGGGCUUCCCCAAGAUGCCACAGCAACCGGGCGGCCCGCAGGUGAAUGGGAUGCAUCCGCCGUCCACGGCCGGGGUCAACAGGUUCCUGCUCCCGGUGUCAGAGUGCGAGUGUGCACUCAGCACGUUGCUGGACGAAUUGCAGCCUGACCAAUGGCCAGUGGAGGCCGGGAACCGUGCGAUCCGGUGCACCGGUGUUGCGCUCAGUGUGGCUGCUGGGUUGCUUGGUGCUUGCAUGCCUGGGACAGGUGCAAGGAUCAUUGCAUUGCUAGGUGGUCCAUGUACUGAGGGCCCUGGAAUGAUUGUUUCAAAAGAUUUGUCAGAACCAGUUAGAUCACAUAAGGAUCUUGACAAGGACGCAGCUCCUCACUUCCAGAAGGCCAUUAAAUUUUAUGAUGGUCUUGCUAAGCAGUUGGUCAGUCAAGGCCACGUGUUAGAUGUUUUUGCAUCUGCUCUCGAUCAGGUUGGGCUAGCUGAGAUGAAGGUUGCUAUUGAGAGAACAGGUGGCCUUGUUGUCUUGUCUGAAAGUUUUGGGCAUUCUGUAUUCAAGGAUUCUUUCAAACGCAUUUUUGAGGGAGGUGAACAGUCUCUAGGCCUUUCAUUCAAUGGCACAAUUGAAAUAAACUGUUCAAAAGAUAUUAAAGUCCAAGGUAUUAUUGGACCAUGCACAUCUUUGGAGAAGAAAGGAGCUGUGUGCGCUGACACAGUUGUUGGUCAAGGAAAUACAGCAGCAUGGAAAAUGUGUGGUCUCGAUAGAAAUACUUCUCUGACAGUAUUUUUUGAUGUCUCACCGAGUGAACGAUCGAGCCAGCCAGGACACCAAAAUCCCCAUUUGUAUAUACAAUUUGUAACAAGUUACCAACACCCAGAAGGUCAAAUGAGGAUAAGAGUUACUACGAUAUGCAGGAAAUGGGUAGACGGAUCCACUAAUACUGAGGAAUUAGUUGAAGGUUUUGACCAGGAAACUGCAGCUGUUGUGUUGGCUAGAUACAUCUCUUUGAAAAUGGAGAUGGAGGAAGAGUUCGAUGCAACACGGUGGCUUGAUAGAUCUCUCAUACGUCUCUGUUCAAGAUUUGGGGAUUAUCGGAAGGAUGAUCCCUCUUCAUUUAGCCUGCAUUCAAAUUUCUCAUUGUUCCCUCAGUUUAUGUUUAAUCUGCGGCGUUCACAAUUUGUUCAGGUUUUCAAUAACAGUCCAGAUGAGACAGCGUAUUUCAGGAUGUUACUCAAUCGUGAGAGUAUCACUAACUCGGUUGCCAUGAUCCAGCCUUCCUUGAUAUCAUUUUCUUUUGAUUCACCUCCAUCUCCGGUAUUUCUAGAUGUGGCAUCAAUAGCAGCAGAUCGUAUACUGCUACUUGAUGCGUACUUUAGUGUUGUUAUUUUCCACGGUAUGACAAUUGCUCAGUGGAGAAACAUGGGUUAUCAGAACCAACCUGAGCAUGAGCAAUUUGCACAACUAUUACAAGCACCACAUGAGGAUGCGCAGAUGAUAAUAGAAGGUCGAUUUCCAGUUCCAAGACUAGUUGUCUGCGACCAACAUGGCUCGCAGGCAAGGUUUUUGUUGGCUAAGCUGAAUCCAUCGGCCACAUAUAAUUCAGCUCAUGAUGUUGCUCCAGGUUCUGACAUCAUUUUCACCGAUGAUGUUAGCUUCCAGGUCUUCUGUGAGCACCUACAAAGGCUGCUGGCUGUUCAGUCUUAA